CUGCGUUCCCGCGGAGCCCCCUGGCCGCGCUGCCCGGGAUGUGGCCGCCCUAGCCCCUGUUUUUAAGGCCCCGCGGACUCGGGCGGUGGGACGGGCUCUAGGAGGCCGAGUGCGGGACCGUCGUUGCACGCUGGGGGUCUUAAGUUGCACGUGGAGAUAAUCCUUUUUCAGGGGGAGCUCUGCGUUGGUGAUACCUCAUACACCUCAGCUCAGCUUCGCUUUGCUCCCCGCUGUUGCUGUGCCAGGAUCGGCAAAGAAAAACCCUCUCUCAGGAGCCGUUCAAGUAAGGUGCCUUGAUGUCCCGCGUGUUCGUCGAAUGAGUCCCUGCCAGGCUUGGCCAUGCAAGAGCGUUCCUGCUUCCUGAUAAAACCCUGUAAAUGACCUCUGCCACAGCAGCUCGGAGCAGGUUCGUAAUGCCAGUUUGAAGCUGACAGUUUCAUUUCCUUGUGCCUCUAUAUUAAAACACUGCAUACCACUAAUUCGUCCUUAGUACAUCUGGCUGCUUCACUGCUGCUUGAAGACGUUAGCGCCUGAAGGACUGAAGGUAUAUCACACUGGAUCCAAGAGUGAUAUAGGAAAGCAUCCUCCUGCACUACAGGCUCCUGGGAGCAGAAGCUUCCCUGCAAGGCCAGCCUUGAAGAUGUGGACUGCCAUUGUGUUCUUCCUGCUGAUUUCCUUCUGCAUAUGUGAGAACAGAGUUUCUGUCCUGAAAGAGAGAGGAGCCCGCGUGGUGCGAAUCAACAGGCUUACAACAGAAAAGCAAUGCAGGCAAGCUUGUAAAGGCCCAGCUGCUUCAGGUAAUCACCACUGCAAUUGGUCCAUGCCCUACCAGAACCGCUGUAUCCUCUUGCAGUGUCGCCAGCUCAGUGUGUGUCAGGAUGCCGGAGAACAAGACAUCAAAGAUCUGCUUGGAGAAAUUGUCCUUAGGAAAACCGACCCAUUUCACCACCAAAGGUAUCCGGAGCAGAUGGAGAAGAUGGCGAAUGCAAUGGUUGACCAACACAAUGUAGAAGACCUGCUUUCCUCGACCGGUUGGACUUACAAGAUUCACUCAAGGCGGUUGCUUGGGCUUGAAAGUGAUGCUAGAGCCACAAACCCAGGAAAAACGACUGAAACCAACGCUACCACCACCACAGUGACUACCAGCGCUGCUGCAGCUGCCACCACAAUUGGUACAAAUAAAGCUGUCUUGAGUGCAGCUCCUGAAACAAGUGUUAAGGCUACAAAUACCCCUGCAGGUUCUGAUGGUGUUCUUACUGAAGCCAUAUCUUCCACUGCCUCUUCUCCUGCUUAUGAUAACAUCACUGCUUCCAUAUCUAGUAACGUCACCAAGCCUGUGAUCACCACUGAAAAAUCAGGAAAUAGUAGCUCUGGUUCCAUAUCAGAAUCCCCUUCUCCUCCCCUUGCUGUUGCUUCUGGAACAGGUACUCAGAUGCCUCCAAAGGAGCAGUUUAACCCAGCUGUCACCACAGCCAGCACUCUCCCCUCUAGUAAUGUCACCACUGUUGGAGCUGGCCCAAAGACACUGAGCACAAACACAGCAGCAACCACCCCCAUCCCUCAGGAUGCCCACACAUCGUCUGCUGCUGCUGCUUCUCGUACUGCUGCGCUGACUACUUUGGUGAGUUCAUAUUCCAGUAAUCCGGUACCUGGACACAGUAAUCCAGUUACGUCACUAAAGCCAGAGCCAGAAGGAAGUACAGCCACAACAUCCUUGAAUAAAUCGACUUCUUUUCUGGGCUUUACGACAAGUGCAAUGGUUUUAACAACUGCACCUGCAACAGAAGCUACAGCUGGACAUGAGAUGCAGUCUGUGUCUCACAUUCCCUCGACUAAGCGUGUGACCACAACUCCAGCAAACGCACCUGAAACAACAGCUUCAGGCCUUGCAGGAACUCGGGACAGAGACAAUGAGUAUCUUCUCGUUGCUGCUGAGCCUCUCACGCAGUACUUGGUAGACAAAAGUUCGCUUCUUGCAGUGCUUUUAUUUGGUACAGUGUUUUUCAUAACCGUUGUAGUUCUCUUCCUUAUGCAGGCCUAUGAGAGCUACAAAAAGAAGGAUUACACGCAAGUGGAUUACUUGAUCAACGGAAUGUAUGCGGACUCGGAGAUGUGAAAGGGUGGGGAUAAAACAUGGGGCAGAGAGACGGAAAGGAGAUUGAAAGCUUGUCUGACUUGUUUUUCUUUCCCAUUUGCCUAUAAGACAAACUGAAAGUGCUUCCAAAUUUACUUCUGGUGCAAUUUAGGAGAAAUGCCAUGUACUGUAUUAAGAACAAAAAGUAUAUAUAUAUAUAUAUUUUUAUUCAACUGUGCAACAGGUUGCGGUAGAAAAGUAGUCAUUUAUAAAACUUUUCCAUAAUGCAAAAUAGCUUUGGCCAUUAUUUUUCACUGCAAAACGACUGUAACAAGAGGUGAGCUGUCAUCCUCUGAGAAUGAUGUGGCACUUUUUCAACUGUUUACACUGUAAGUUCCUUGUGUUUUGGGUAUCAUGCGUGCUCCUCUCUGUAAAACAGAACAGAGGGAGCUCUCACCUGUUGCGAAGUGCUUUGAACUCACCAAAUAAGAUGUGUGCAGUAUUGCUACAACAGGGAACUUCCAAUCCAGUGUGCACCAUGUUUCAGUGUGCUUCCUGCUUGUAAAGAGAUCUGUUUACAAGGUGCUGUAAACACUCUGUUUACUGCUAAUCCAAGGUGGCUUCUCACCACGGAGCAGAUUAUUGUGCCUCUGCAUUCACGUGAUUAUUUUUGUAUUCACUCAAUAAAUGGGGCCCUGGAAGGGCAUGUCUUGUUGCAA